AUGUGGAUCCAGAUACCCAAGGUUGUCGCACAUGCUAUGAUCAACCUGAGGAUUCCAAGUCAUCACACCUAUCAGGCCAAUGAUCCAGAUCGACUUCCUUCCAUAGGCAAGGGCUGUGCAUCCAAACCAACUAUGUUCCUCUAUGACCUGGGUCUGAGAAAGAUCUCACGCCGUGCAGAUGUACUGGAACGUUGUGGUCGGGACGUGACCCUGUUGGUUGAUAUCAGCUCACCCAGUACCAUAUUGGCGGGAGUUUCUUUUGACACAUUUUCUCAUGUGGACCUUCAGAAGAUCCGUUGCGAUGCCUCUGCUGCAAAGGAAACCAAAUCCAUCAAACGUGGCAGCCAGUUCAGCCGAUUUGAAUGGGGUAGGAUGCAUCCAGUUGGUUCCAGGAAGCCCGCUGGGGGAAGACCUGGAGACACCUAUACGAGCUAUGCCGAAAGGAUGGUGGCUGCAAUCACACCGUUACAUCCUCAUGCAGCCAAGGAGCUUCGAGAGUUGUCUUCUGAAGUCAAUUCUUUGGGGGGCAUAGGCGCAACUGCAUAUUACUGUUGGAACUUUGUGGCACCGCAGCAUAUGGACCGUGAUGCCACUUGGACCAUAUCCCUGCAGACCUGCAAAGAGGCACCAGCAGAUGAGUUCAACUUCGUCAUGAUGGACCUUGGCUGCUAUGUGGAAACAGCUGAAAAUGCCCUGUGGUAA